AUGAAGGUCUAUACUUUGAUUCUCUUUUUAGCUUUCUUGCUUGGAGCCUCAGCAGAACAGUGUGGAAGUCAGGCCGGCGGAGCUGUAUGCGCAAAUGGGCUAUGUUGUAGCAAAUUUGGGUGGUGUGGCAGCACAGCGGACUACUGUGGGACUGACUGCCAUAGCCAAUGUAACUCUGGCAGAACCCCUGCACCCCCUAACCCGACCCCGUCCCCAACUCCGAGCGGCGGCGGCGAUAUCGGCAACGUCAUUAGUGCCGCUCUUUUCGACCAGCUGCUUAAAUAUCGAAACGAUGAGCAAUGUAAGAGUAACAGUAGCGGAUUCUACGCAUACAAUGCUUUCAUCGCUGCUGCACAAUCUUUUGGGGGCUUUGGCACAACCGGUGACGAUAAUACACGUAAAAGGGAGAUUGCUGCUUUCUUGGCUCAAACCUCUCACGAGACCACAGGAGGAUGGCCAAGUGCACCAGAUGGCCCAUAUGCAUGGGGCUAUUGCUUUAUUACGGAAAACAACAAGGCAGACUAUUGUACGCAGUCCACCGAAUGGCCAUGCUUUGCCGGCAAACAAUAUUAUGGCCGGGACCCCUUCAACUCACUCAGUAACAACUACAACUACGGGCAAGCAGGGAAAGCCAUUGGAGCUGAUCUGCUAAUCAAUCCAGAUCUGGUAGCCACAGACGCAACCAUAUCAUUCAAGACAGCCAUAUGGUUUUGGAUGACCCCGCAGGGAAACAAGCCGUCUUGCCACGAUGUAAACAUCGGAGAAUGGACACCAUCGGCUGCCGACACGGCAGCUGGUCGGGUUCCAGGCUAUGGUGUCAUCACCAACAUAAUCAACGGUAGGCUGGAAUGUGGGAAGGGUACUCCUGAUCCUAAAGUGGCCGAUAGGAUCGGGUUCUACAAAAGGUACUGUGACAUCUUGAAAGUAAGCUACGGGGACAACUUAGAUUGCAACAAUCAGAAUCCUUUUGAUUAA